CUGAACGAAGCAUCUUGCUACCAGAGAGGCAACGCCAGCAUCUGUGUGUGUGCACAUGGAUACACCGGACAGCGCUGCGAGACAGAUGUUGAUGAGUGCCAGUCCAACCCAUGUCGUAAUGGAGCCACCUGUAUGGACGGAGUCAACCCCUUCAGCUGUGUGUGUCUGCCCAGCUAUGCAGGACAGCUCUGUGAACAAGACACAGAGGUGUGUGAGUAUGGCUGGCAGAAGUUUGAGAGCCAUUGUUAUAAGUACAUCACCCACCGUCGGACCUGGGACGCCGCCGAGAGGGAGUGUCGUGUCCAAGGAGCCCACCUAGCCAGUGUCCUGUCACAGGAGGAGCAGCUGUAUGUCAACCGCCUGGGCCAUGACUACCAGUGGAUCGGUCUGAACGACAAGAUGUAUGAGAGAGACUUCCGCUGGACAGACGGCAGCAUCAUGCAAUAUGAGCACUGGCGUCCCAACCAGCCAGACAGUUUCUUCCAGUCUGGUGAGGACUGUGUGGUGAUGAUCUGGCACGAGGGAGGACAGUGGAACGAUGUACCCUGCAACUACCACCUCACCUUCACCUGCAAGAAGGGCACAGUCUCUUGCAGCCAGCCCCCAGUAGUGAAGGAUGCCUGUGUGUUUGGUUCUAUGAAGCCUCGUUAUGAGAUCAACACUCUGGUUCGUUACCACUGUAAAAACGGCUUCAUACAGAGACAUGUCCCCACCAUCCGCUGCCGUGACAACGGCCAAUGGGACAGCCCAAAGAUCACCUGCAUGAGCCCCGCUACCUACCAGAAGUCUUUCGUUUCUAGGCAACGUGCCGAAAUCACAAUCAUAACCAGAAUCAGUACAAUCACAACAAUCAAAACCAGCACCAAUACAACUAUCAAAACCACCAAUACAACUAUCAAAACCAACAAUAUAACAAUCAAAACAAUCAAGACCAACAGAAGCACUACAACCAGAAACGUCAGGGCAGCCGUAACCAGCAGCAACAGAGCCAGAGAGAGAGGAGACAUCCACACUAAUCUGAUCUCUGGUUAA